UUGACUCUGACUAGCGCAGCGAAGGGGGAUCAGAGCUGGCAUUUAAAAGCACAAUCAUUGUUUGAGAAAGAAAAAAAGCGGACAACAACAACAAAGCCGUCGAUAUGAAACGUACGAACAAUAUACAUAUCCAGAAUAAAGAAAAAAAAUAUGUAUAUACGUGAAACAGGGUAUGUGAUAUUUCUAUGACAAAAUUCCCCGGCAAUCAAGAGAAGAAAUUAAUGUUUACGACUGGAAAGUAAUAACGACAGAACCAGUUAUCUCUAAAAAAAAAAAGAAAAAAGAAAGAAAGAAAAACGAUUUUUUAAAAGUGCUCCACCAAUGUUUCGCAAAAUGUGGUAACCCCUGAAUACUUACGAAGAUACUGGAGGAAUCCGUCACAGAUUUCUGCAGCUGGAUUCUCAAUUGCUGAUCUGAAGAAAACACGUGUAAUUUCCUCCCUUCCGCCGCAGCGAUGCUUUUCCACGGCCUCCCCGGAGGCGAAAUGCAUGGUGUCAUGGACGAAAUGGACCGGAGAGGGAAAAGCGAUUCAGCGGGGAUCAGCUCGGCCAUAGAUAUGGGGGAAACCGAAACGAACAUGCCCUCCAUCAGCAGCGACCGCGUGGCUCUGUGCGCCGGCUGCGGCGGGAAGAUCUCCGACCGCUACUACCUGCUGGCGGUCGACAAACAGUGGCACAUGCGCUGUCUCAAAUGCUGCGAGUGUAAGCUCAACCUGGAGUCCGAGCUCACCUGCUUCAGCAAAGACGGCAGCAUUUAUUGCAAAGAAGACUAUUACAGGAGAUUCUCCGUGCAGAGAUGUGCCAGGUGCCAUCUCGGGAUUUCGGCAUCAGAGAUGGUGAUGCGCGCGAGGGAUUUGGUGUAUCACUUGAACUGUUUCACCUGCACGACCUGCAACAAAAUGCUGACUACCGGAGACCACUUCGGCAUGAAGGACAGCUUGGUGUACUGCCGGCUACACUUUGAAACUCUCAUACAGGGGGAAUAUCAGGCACAUUUCAAUCAUGCGGAUGUAGCUUCUAACAAAGGAGGGGGACUAGGCACGGCGAACUCGCUGGGACUCUCCUACUAUAACGGCGUGGGCACGGUGCAGAAGGGGCGGCCGAGGAAACGAAAAAGUCCCGGACCUGGAGCAGACCUCGCAGCAUACAACGCAGCUCUGAGCUGUAAUGAGAAUGACGGGGAUCAUCUGGACCGAGACUCGCAGUACAGCUCCAGCCAGAAGACCAAGCGCAUGAGGACCUCCUUCAAGCACCACCAGCUGAGAACCAUGAAGUCCUACUUCGCUAUCAACCACAACCCCGACGCCAAGGACCUCAAACAGCUGGCUCAGAAAACAGGCCUGACCAAACGUGUGCUGCAGGUCUGGUUCCAGAACGCCCGUGCCAAAUUUCGCCGGAACCUUCUGCGUCAGGAGAACACCAGCGUGGACAAGGCCUCGGACGGGUCGACACUGCAGGGGGGCACACCCUCUGGCCCCGCCUCCGAAAUCUCCAAUGCCUCCAUGAGCCCCUCCAGCACCCCGACCACCCUCACAGACCUGACCAACCCCACCAUGCCAACGGUCACCUCGGUGCUGACCUCCGUGCCCGGCAGCCUGGACGUCCACGAAUGCAGGAGCCCCCCUCAGACGACCCUCACUAGCCUCUUCUGAUGACACCC